AUGCCUAGAAGGUUUGGUUACAGCGAAUUAGUUGCAGCGACCAACGGAUUUGCAGACGAUGAAGGCUCGGAGAAGGAGGCUCUGGACAAAAGAACUUUGAAAUGGGGUGUGAGAUACAAUAUUGCGUUAGGUGUGGCUAGGGCACUUCGUUAUCUUCAUGAAGAAGCGGAGCAGGGUGUUCUUCACAGGGAUAUAAAGUCAGAAAAUGUUUUGUUAGACACAGAUUUCAACACAAAGAUUAGUGACUUUGGGAUAGCAAAGUUGGUGGAUUCAAGAUUGAGGACUCAGAAGACAAAGGUGGUGGGGACAUAUGGGUACCUAGCUCCAGAAUAUAUAAACGAAGGGAGGGUUAGCAAAGAAUCUGACAUGUACGGUUUUGGGGUGUUGGCUUUGGAAAUAGCAUGUGGAAGGAGGACUUACCAGGAUGGGGAAUAUAAUCAUGUGCCUUUGAAGAAUUGGGUGUGGAAACAUUACUUGGAUGGGAAGAUUUUGAAUGCUGCUGAUGAGGAAUUGAAGAGGGAUUUUGAUGUGAAUGAAAUGACAUGCUUACUCACUGUAGGAAUAUGGUGUACCCUCCAAGACCACAAGGAAAGGCCAAUGGCAGAACAGGUUAUUAAUGUUCUCAAACAAGAAGUGCCAUUGCCAAUGCUUUCUGCACAGCUGCAAAACAUGCAGGAUUCUCCCUCUGAUCUUACCAAUGGGUAA